AUGAAAUUCCACCACCAGCAUUGCGCAAACUCGUCAUAAAAAACCCUCCCAAUAAUGGCAAUCAAAAACAAGCAAAUACGAAAACUCCAAAGUAUCAAGCGCAAACGCGCAGAAGAUGCUGCCCGGCACAAAUUGCGCCACGAGAGGAGGAAAGAGGAAUCAAAAGACCCAAGUCUCAAAGCAGAGCGUCUGGCUCGUUCUAUCCCGCUUACACUAGACAGAAAACGAACUUGGGAUGAAGUCGGCAGCGAUGACGAGAAUUUACUUGGACUGAGUGUUGAUAUUGAGAGGCUCAAAGGACAGAGACAGGAGGAGGAUGAAGAGAAUGCGCUUGACAAAGGCGAUACAGAAGAAGGAGAAAACGAUGACGACUCUGAUGAGGUAGACAGCAUGAUCAUGACCGACUCGGACGAUGAUGAGGACCAGCACCAAGACGAUGAGACAGGCGUGAAAUCUCCAGAACAUGGUCGGAAAAAGAAAUCACUUCCCACAGCCACAGAGCGAGCUACGUCUCCAACACAGUCUACCAAAUCCGCAAACCUAAGUUUGGCUCCUGAGGUGCUUGCAGCAAAAUUCCCUUCGUUAUUCUCAAACGAAGUCACUGCCCCCAAAAUACUGAUCACGACCUCGCCGCACUCCACAUUACAUCACGAAGCCAAACUCCUCACAUCUCUUUUCCCAAAUAGUGUUUAUAUUAGGAGGACAAAACAUCGACAUGCCCAUACAUUCUCAGUGAAGGAGAUCUCCAAGUUUGCUGCCAAUCGGAAUUACACUGCGGUGGUUAUUGUCAAUGAGGAUCAGAAGACAUUGUCCGGUUUAGAUAUCGUUCACCUUCCAGUCGGUCCGAUGUUUCAUUUUUCCGUUUCAAAUUGGAUUGAAGGCAAGAAGCUGCCUGGUCACGGUGUUGCUAGUGACGCAUAUCCCGAACUUAUCCUCAAUAACUUCCGAAGCCCCCUGGGUAUUUUAACGGCCCAUCUAUUCAAGAGCUUAUGGCCAGCCCAGCCAGAAAUCAUAGGACGACAGGUAGUUACUAUUCAUAAUCAACGAGACUACUGUUUCGUCCGGAGACACCGUUACAUCUUUCGCGAAAAGCGAGAAACCGAAAAGGCGGUCAUCGGUGCUGAUGGAAAUGAAAUGAAAGGUGCCGAAGGCAUCAAAACUGGGCUUCAGGAAUUGGGGCCCCGUAUGACUCUGAAGCUUCGCCGGGUUGACAAGGGAAUACAGCGGUCUAGUGGGCAAGAAUGGGAAUGGAAGGGAAAAAUGGAGAAGACGAGAACAAAAUUCCAGCUAUGAUUUACUUCAAUGGUUCCCGUUUUUGUUUUCUCGGCAGACACGUGAUGCUUUUACUCUUAGCGAUACCAUAGCAUUGCAUUUAUUCAAUACAAUUAUGGACAGUAGU